UGGAAGGUGUCAGCUGCCGCCGGGGGCUGCCAAGCCCAAAGGGAGCGGGGCCAGAGUCCGCGGCCUUGUCUCGUGCUGACACAACCGGGCAGGGGAAGCGGGAUCGGCCGCUCGAGACAACGCACAGCGCGGGGAUCUGCUCUGUCUUCAAGGGAGCCAGCCAUAGGAAGAACCGAAUCUGUGCUCAUCCUUUAGCAGAAGAGGAGCCCAGUGCAGACAGAGACUGUCCCCUGCAGAAAGACAAAGAAGAAAUCCAGAAGGAGGAGCUGGAUGAAAAUGGAGGAGAAGAGGACCAACUCACUACAGGAAGUACCUGAGGAGUCAAAGCAGGGGUCAUAGAGCAGAAGCAAGCAGGGACAGAAUCACAGGUCUGUUUUUGCAACUUGAGGAAUCUCAGGGAAGGAAAUGGCCCCUCGCUGGUGCAGACAUCCAUGGACAACUUGUCUGCCUUGGCUGAGAUCAAGCUGGCGGGCGUCCUGCGCGCCAUCUGCAAAUAUCGCCAGAGCAUCCACAAGAUCUCUCCGAGACACAGACUGCGCAUCAAUGAGAUCCUGCAGGCCAUCAUCUGCUCAGCCAGGAGUGUCGAUUACAGAUUAGCACACGUCAUCAUCAAGCUGGCGGCCGAAGACAUGCUGAGGACGACUGACCUGCAGGAUCUGUACCAAGAUGCCGCUGGGGAUAUUCUGGUGGCCCUCUGGGAUCACUUUCCCGCAGAAGUGCUGGCCAGGCUCCUGGAGGGAUUCCAAGGCCGGCUGCUCCCUUACCGCAGCAUCCUCUGUGUUCUGGGGAAGCUGGCAAACAAAGCAUUUACAGAGAGCGACUCCGUAAAGAUUGAUGUGUGGGAGAGAAAGCUGGUGGAGUUUGUGGAGAGGCUCUUGAUUGACGUGACAGACAAGGCUUGUUGUGAGGAGCUCAGCCAGGAGUUGAUGAAAGCGGCCCAGACCGGCAAGAACCACUGCCCUGAGAAGGUCUUCCUCUACCAAUAUUACGGGGCCAUCCUGCGUACCUCCGAUGACACUCAGCUCGUCCAGGAGCAGCUCUGCAAAAUCCUGGCCUUGUCUCACAGAGGACCUUCGGAGGCAAAGGGCAUUGCUUCUGCUGUCGGCUUGGCUGCUUCUCGCCAUCUCGAUGAGGCGUUUAAAGCACUGGAGGACUUCAGCAAAAACGACUCCAUCAGAGAGGCCUCUGGGACAAAAACCAGUCAGGGCUGCAAAUGGACCACCCUGCUGUUGUGUUACGGACGAGUGGCGCUGGGGAUCAAAGAGGAAGUGCUCCCUAGAGUGGAAUUCAUCCUGUCCAAAAUGAUAGAGUACUUCACAAUCAGCCCAGUGGACAUGAACCUGAAGAAAAGCUUUCUGAUUGCUGUUCUGAUGUUCCUUGAGGCCAUUUCUGCAACAGGUAAAGCUCAAGGCUUACGGCUGCGCAUGAAAAUGCCUCUUGUGGACUGCCUGAUCGUGCUGAUUGAAAGGGAGCCGGCCCACAUCCUGGCCAACACGGUGCGUCAGGAUGCCAUGUACAUCGUGAAGGAGCUCAGCAAACUGAAACCCCUCCUUGAGGCCCCGCAGAAGUCCAGCCUCCUCUUCACGGCCUUCAAGAGCACCUUUUGCCUGGCCCCCCUGGAGAGCCUGGGUGGAAGCCCUUGCAACCUGGAGGAGCAGGCAGCUGAUGUCCCCGGGCUCUACCAGCAGACCAUGCACAGCCUGGGAGAGAUGCUGCAGGGCCUGCUCUUGGAGAACCUACGGCCCAGUGAGCUCCAGACCAUGCUGGAGCUGAUGGAACCGUGGAUGGCAUCCCGGUUAGACCACGAGCGAGAGAGAGCAGUCGAGACAGCAAUGAAGCUCCUGAAGUUUGUAGCCAUCUAUUUACACUUGGAGCUCUCGCAGGAGUUCAGCAAGCUGGCCCACCUGACUGCCGUGCUGAUUGCCCUGUGCAAUGACCCCGUGGCCCGCAUCAGUUCUCUGGCCGUGCAGGGAGUCAGCUGCCUCUACGAGCUCCUCCUGCACCGGAAGGCGCUGAGGAGGAGCAAGCAGAAGAGGCGGAAGUGGUCCCUCAGGAGGAGCUGCAGGCUGCAGGAAGCGGAGAGCCUGGCUCUCGUGAUGCUGGGUGGUGCCUGGCGCAUGGCGAUGCACUCCGAAGACCAGCUCUUCCGGGCCCAGCUGACCAACCUCCUCCUCUUGGUCCUGGACAGUCUGCGAGGGUCGAACCCGGAGUUACUGACGGCAGCGGAAGAGGUGCUGUAUGCAAUCCUGCGGAACCAUGCCAUGAGAAUUGAAAGGGUGAAAGACAUCGUCAGGGCCAUCUACACAUGCCUCCAGCUACGCCAGUCGUCCUACUGGACCCGCAAAGUGGUCCUGAGGGCCUUGGGCUUCAUAAUCCCUCACCACAUGGAGGAAGUGACCCGGAGCUGCCUGGCGUUCUCCAUACCUGUGGACAGGCAGGCCAGUGAGCUCUGGACAGCGAUGGCUUCUGGGCCACAGGUGGCCCUGCAAGUCCUGCAGCUCUUGUUGAAGAACCUGCAGCUCAAGGGGACUCUGGAGGCGGACGAAGACAGUAUCGGGCUCUCUCUGGCUGCAAUGAACGUCAUCUAUGAGACCUUCCACAUUCCGGGCUACCGGACGGCCCUGGCCGAGAUGCACCUGCAGCUGUUUAUCCCUUUGCUGAAACAGGUCCUCUACGUGAUGCACCUGGAGGUGCCCGAGCCUCUCAGAGCCCGGCAGGAAUGCCUCCUGAGAGGGAACCCUGAAGCCCGCAGCUUCCAGAGCACUUCCGUAGAGAUCAUGAAAAGCCUCUUCUCGGUUGCGGGAGACUGGGAGGUCUAUGCCUGCAUCGAGUUCCGGCAAGGAUGGCGGGUGCUCAGCACGCCCCAGCAGUUCUUACAGGGCACGCGCCUCCUCGCCAGAGCCAUGACCGAGUGUGACAGUCCUCAAAUCCCGGGUAUCUUUGGGGAGGCCGCUCUCAUUCUGGACAGCGAGGAAGACGAGCUGAAGAAGAUGACUGCUCUGGCUCUAGUGAUUGAGUUCCUCAAGAGCCCGUCUGCGGUCAAGAUGAUGAACAGGUUCAGCCUCAAGGACCACCUGGAGGAAGGCGUGGCAGCCUCCAAUCUGGUCAUCAAAGAGCUUUGUCUGAAAGGGCUGAACAGUUUUGUCUUCCAGCAAGGGAAGGUCAAGCUGCUGCGAGACCAGCUCCCGGCCCUGAUCGACUCCGUCUUCAGUGGCCACGAAGGAAGCAUCCUGGAGGGACUGAGGGACAUCAUGACGGCCGUCUACGAGAUGGAUGGCCAGGGGAUCGGGCCCCUCUGUGUCGACCUCGCUCUGAACGUGCGCUCCUUCUUUGAGGAUGAAAGAGCCAGCGUCCGCACCACGGCCAUCGCCCUGUUUGGGCAGCUGGUGACCAGAGUGAAGAAGGUGGACAAGGCCCUGCUGAAGAAGGAAGUGGUGUACAGCCUCCUCCCACUGCUGCUCCACUUGAGAGACCGAGACCCCGGAGUGGCCAUGAGUUGCAAGCUGGCUUUCCUGCACUGCGCCGUCUUCCUUGGCUGGGCUCACCUGAAGCUGAUGUUCCGCAGCAUGGCCUGGGAGGACACCCGGAGCUGCCUGGUGACGGUGUGGAAAUACCUGAUGAGGAACAACCAUGACAAUAUUCACGUUUUUAUAUCCCAGGCCUUGGGCUACCUCCACCACCCCCAGAUUGAAAUCAGGCAUGCGGCAGCACGAUUCACGGGUCACAGUCUCAACUAUUACAGCUCUGAGCUGUCCAAAAACCUGGAGCAGGAGGACAUAAUCUACCUGAACAAAGUUUUCCAGGAGAUUGAAUCCAGCCCAGACCCCAUCAUGGCACACUUUGCAAAAACCUAUCGAGUGGUUUUGCAGAAACUGUGUGUGAAACGGAGGCUGGCUGGAGCAGGAGAAAAGGAGGCCCAAGUGACAGACAACAGUCUGGGAGGAAAGCAUCUGAGCAGCGACUAUGACGUGAGAGUGGCGAGCCCGCGGCUGCUGCUGCCGCCACCAGACUCUCCACUGCCAGAGGGGCCCGCGGUGCUCCUGGGGAGCGACUUUCUGACCGUGCAGACUCCCAAGCGGGCCAGGCGCCCCCUUGCCCUUCGAGGGAGGGCGCCAUCCGCUGAAGCCAGGGAGCGAGACCGGCAGCACUGGGCUGAAGCUCCAGCGGGGAACUUGGCUCCCAGAGGGGCCCUCGGCGAUGGAAGCAAGCAGAGCCCUCCACAGGCAGACGCCCCUCUUAGCCAGGCAGGCAUCCAGCCAGAGCAGGUACCUCCGUCGGAAAGCCCCUUCCCCAGGCAGCCCCCCCCCCAGGCCUUCCCAAGGCUGCAGGGAUCAGGGCAGCCCCGGAGAGAGGGCAAGGGAAGGAGGGUCCCUUAAAGUGGCCGCUGAGGGACCCAUCCGAGUCCCGUUAACGUGCCCAGCUGACCCCACUCGGCUUGCAGCUCUGGGGCAGGGCAUCUGCUGGGCAGGCCCAA